CAGACUUUUACAGACAUUUUAAUUAUUCUUCUACAGACAUUUCACAAAAACAUGUGGCAUCGCUGACUGCAUCGAUUAAGCUCUGUGACAUGCUGCGCAACAAACUGAAACUAUCCGAUCAGUCGGAAGUGGCUCCACCAUCAGAAUUUUCGCUCGCACAAUUCAACAACGAGCUCAAACCUAAAUUGGAGUCGUUAAACGUAACUGCACCAAACGAUGUUUCAUUAUCUGGCGCCGGUUGUAAAGCACAACCCAGCUCGGAGACAGAUCAACAGCCCUUGUGGCAGCGCGUCUAUCAGCUCGAACUGCAACUAUGUGAUGCCUUGAAGCAAAUUCCGUUGCCAGCUUCGGCUGCCGUUACCUACGAUCCGAUUGAGUACGCAGUGGAAUUGCACCUUGCCUACAUGCAACGUUAUUUGGAUGGUCCCAAGCCGGUUCUGUUUCUCGGCAUGAAUCCGGGACCAUGGGGGAUGUGCCAAACCGGGGUUCCUUUUGGGUAUAUUCCGGCUGUCCGGGAUUGGAUGCAAUUGCGUGGGCAGGUAUUGAAACCAAUUCCUGAACUCAGUGUUCGUCCGGUGGAAGGCUUAGCCUGCACGCGAGGUGAACAAAGUGGUCAACGGUGGUGGGGUCUCUACGAGAGAAUUUGUGGCAAACCGGAGAACUUUUUUCGCAAUUGUUUCGUAUUCAACAUUUGUCCGUUGGCGUUCUUUCAAGCGAAUGGCAGGAAUAUUACUCCGGCAGAUUUAAAGGGAACAUCCAAAACUCGUAUGCAAGAGGUUUGUACCGAGUAUCUGCAAUCAGCCCUAGAAUUAUUUAAUCCAUCGAUCAUAAUCUCCGUCGGUCGUUACACUGAAGAUCGGGUUAAAGCCUUGGUUAGACAAAACCUGCUAGAUGCGACACGUGUUCAGCUCAAGUGUAUGCCUCAUCCAAGCCCGCGCAGUCUGAAUAACACUAACUGGCACGAUAAGGCUCAGCAGUGGCUCGAAGAUAAUGGUGUUAUGCCUUAUCUGAAAGCUUGA